AUGAUUUGCUGCAAAAUUGUUGUUGGCUUCAUUGCAGCUCUCGUUAUUUUAGCAGUUGGAUUUGCUGGUUUCAUGGCUGGCUACCGCGUCGGUGCUGAUUUGGACGUCGAUGGAGUUGACGACGAUGCUGCCUACAGAGACGUAUUCGAUCCGUUCGACCCCGACAACGAAUUCAUCACAAGCAGAGAAGGGCAACAGAAUCUCGGAUAG